GAGGCCCAGGUGUUACUUGCCAGGUACAGGGGUGUGAUGUGUACCGUCCUGGAGGACAGCCGAUUGGCUAGAUUACAGCUGGAGGGCGGAGCCAUCCUGUCCCGCCUCCGUAAAGAGGAAACCAGUGUCAGCCUCAGCAUCGACUACAGAGAUGCCGUAGAGGUUGUGGCUGGUCUGUAUGAUCAGGUGGAUGAGCUGGUUCACAAGCUGGUGAUGCUGUCCAACCAACGCACUCAGGAACUGGACUUUAUCAUGGAGUUCAAGAGUCUGGAGCAGGGAUUCAAGGAG